UUCCGGUGGACGCGCGCAGCCCAAGCCCCGCCCUGCUGACGUCUAGCUAACUCCCGUGGACGGUAGCCGGAAAAGGACAAUGGUUUCCAUGUCAGCGACAAACGCACUCCAGGUAGUUCUUGGACCUGAUAGUUUUAAGAUUGCGGAGGAGCGAGAAGGUAGCCGAGGGAGCCUGUGCCUCUUGUAGACCAGGAGCCAUGCCGCGCCGGGGCCUGGUAGCCGGGCCAGACUUUGAUAAUUUUCAGCGUCGGUAUUUCACGCCGUCAGAAGUAGCGGAACACAACCAGCCCGACGACCUAUGGGUGUCUUACCUGGGAUUUGUUUACAAUCUAACACCGCUUGUCCAGGAAUUCAAAGGGGAUCUACUGUUGAAACCCAUCCUGGAGGUUGCAGGCCAAGACAUUAGUCACUGGUUUGAUCCAAAGACUAGAGACAUUCGCAAGCAUAUAGAUCCACUGACUGGUUGCAUGAGAUACCGUACCCCGCGGGGCCGCUUCGUGCAUAUCCCGCCGCCUCUGCCCCGUUCAGACUGGGCCAAUGAUUUCGGAGUCCCCUGGUGGAAGGCGGCAAAUUACCAGGUGGGACAACUGUCUGCUCGGACCCGGAACAUCCGUAUUAUUAACACUCUUACAACGCAGGAGCACACACUGCAGGUGGGGGCUCUGGAGUCAAUGUGGGAAAUCCUACAUCGCUAUCUCCCCUAUAAUGCACAUGCUGCCAGCUACACAUGGAAAUAUGAUGGGAAGAAUUUGAACAUGGAUCAAACCCUGGAGGAAAACGGGAUCCGGGAUGAGGAAGAAGAGUUUGACUAUCUUAACAUGGAUGGUAAACUC